AUGGAGAAGCGGCUCCGCGGGAAGCUUGCCAGAACACAAGUUCUGAGGCCAUGGGAUUUUUUCCAAGUCUUGCGAAGACACCCGAGCAUCGAGACCUACAACGACCUCAUUGUCUGGGCGCAGUCCCAGCAGAAGCACGGGGUGCCUCAAUACUUGGAGUUUAUGACCAGGCAAGGUGGCAAGAUGUCUGGGCUCUUCAAGGCAUGGAAGCAGCUCAUGGCUAAGCCUGUGAGCCAAAAGUCGCAACGGGAGGAGCGAUUGGCUUCAAGGCAGGCGCCCUGUUCUUGCACAACGCCAGGCCGCUUGAGGUCUGGCCUGGAUGCCUUGAUGGAGCUGCACGAGAAGGAUGGUGAGAGGUUUGGCUACUUCGUCAAACGGCUUAUCCGCAUUGGGACAGCGGCCAAGAAUUGCAACAUCUUGCUUUGCGGGGCUUCCAAUGCGGGGAAGACUGCCCUCACAAGGCCGUUGAUGGCUAUGUUUUCUCACCGCUGCUGGAUGCGUCCUAACAAGGGCGACACGUUCCCCUUAGAGUCGUUGCAGGACAAGCUGAUCAGCUGCUGGCAGGAUUGGAGGCAAAAUUCCUGCCCGGUGGCCUGGGACACCCUGCUCUUGCUUCUGGAGGGCGAAGCUGUGGUAGCUGCUUGCAAGGGCUCGGCGUCGGUGGUCAUUUCCGAGCCGCCGCCUUUUCUCAUCACGUGCCAGGAGCGCGUUGUGCCGCUAGAUGCGAACGGUCGCCCCAAUGUUGCCGAGAAGGAUGCCUUUCACAAUCGGUUUGCCUUGCGGUGGCAUCUGAAAUGCAGCAUUCCGUCUUCAAUGAAGGAUUCGCAAAUGAAGAUGUGCUACCGCUGCGUGCGUUGCUACUCAGACUGGGUGGAUGAGAAGCACGCUGCCUAUGCAGAGAAGGCCCCGGACAUCGAGGCAGAGACUGCAGCGCUGGAAUCGGCCAUCUGCAGGGUGCCCGCUUGA